AUGGGAAGAAAGAAGGCAAAGGGUCAAGUAAACAAGCAAUUGGAGCAAGUUAUUAAGAUGGCCCGUCAACGUGCCAAUGAUCUCCUGGGAGAAAUAGAUGCCAUGUCAAAUGCCAAAUUAGACAUUUUAAAUGGUUUAAUUGCAACUGCUACCGCCGAGCAAAACCAACUGAAAGACGCUGUAGACUUCUCGAGGAAACUCAUUAACCAUGGCAACGAUAUAGAUGUCCUCCAAAUGGCCUCGGCCUGUGAGCAAAGCAGUCACAGCGUCCAGACUCUCGACAUCCCGACCCUGCCCGCAGCCAUGACCCAGCUACAGCUUAGCACUAACGACAAGGAGGAGUGCGUUGCUUAUAUCAACAGCUGCCUUGGAAACGUAGUUCCCGCCGUGAGUGGAAGACUAGUGACAUCAUUCAAAGUAGAACUGACCAAGUCUCCUCUGGAGUUUAUCAGUCACGUGGCCACUGAUGCAAACGGUGAUUUUCUUACUGGUAUAUUUUGUAAUAAGGACAAUUCACGGAAUAGAAUUCACAUCUACGAUUCCACUUUUGUCCAUCAGGGCACAAUUCCAAACCCAAGAGCAGCAGAAAAUGACGCCUUUGCUGGUAUUGCCAUUGAUGAUGACGAUAACAUCGUCACUAGAUGUCAGGUGUCAAAUGAAAUCAUUAUCUACUCCAAGAAAGGAGACCGCGUGAGAACAUUCCACAGUGAAUCACUUGAAGCAGUAGCGGUCAACAGCAAGGGUCACUAUGUAAUGGCAGGUAGCAGUACUCUAACUGUGCACCACAAGGAGGGCAAGGUCCUGCAGACAACACCAGACCCAGAGGGUAAAUAUUUCAAAUACAUCCACUGUAACGUCAAUGAUGACGUCAUCGUCAAAGGAGAUGAUCACAUCCGUGUAUACGAUUCCACUCUCCAGCUUAAAUACAGAUAUGGUACCCAGGGUGACGGAGACGGGCAGGUGAAAGAUCCGUGCGGCGCAUGCUGUUUGGAUAAUGGAGACAUCAUUCUAACAGACUUCAACAACCAUCGUCUUCACCUCGUGUCACUAGAUGGGAAAUUCAAAAAGUUUCUUUUAACCAAAGAAAAUGGACUUGAUGGUCCGAAAGAUGUUGCAAUAAAUCGUCUUGGACAACUGGUAGUUGGAGAAAAUAAAGGCCAAAUUAAAUUCUUCGAAUUAUGA